CAUACCUUUCCUUCGUUGUUUGCGAGUAGCGGUCGGAGUGUAGCGGAACACACCUUGCGUAGAAGCACAAAAAUUUUACGCAUACUUACGAAAUUCAAUUGAAAAUAGUGACAAAAAGUGCAAAAACAUGUAAAGAUGUAUGACAAAGUUAGGAGUGAGUGAAGUGCAAGUAAAACACAAAAUAAGCAAUAAUUUCGUGCCUAUAAUAUAAAUGUUUGUGUCUGUGAGUGCAAUUUUUACCAGUAUUGGAUAAACAACAGAGGACCUAGAUGCACGGGAACUCGAACGACCGCAGGGCCCUCGAGAGAGAGGCCCUGCGAAACGUCAUUAAUCAGUGGAACGCAAACAGGCUGGAUCUUUUCGAGUUGUCCGAACCAAAUGAGGAUUUGGAGUUCCAUGGCGUCAUGCGCUUCUAUUUCCAAGACUCCGGCCAGAAGGUCGCCACGAAGUGCAUCCGCGUGGCGUCCGACGCCACCGUCGAGGACGUGAUCGGCACCCUGGUGGAAAAGUUCCGACCGGACAUGAGGAUGCUCUCCGUACCCUCCUACGCGCUCUACGAACUCCACGAGGGCUGUCCAGAACGAAAGAUGGCCCCUGACGAAAAACCCCUCCUCGUCCAGCUCAACUGGCACGUGGACGAUAGGGAGGGCAGGUUUCUUUUAAAGAACAUUGACGAUAAGACGGUUGGAUCAGUAGGAUCUAUCGACUCGAAUGCUAGUUUUAGAAGAAAAUUAUCGAAACGAGAGAAAAAACAGUUGAAGAAACAAGAAAAGCUCUCUAGAAUGAAAAGCGAAAACGGUGAUAUUAACGAUAAGGACGGGGUGGCGGAAAAAUUAUAUAACGAAUUACCAGAAACUUCAUUCACGAGAUCUAUAUCUAAUCCGGAGGCAGUUAUGAGAAGACGACGGCAGCAAAAGCUGGAAAAGAAAUUGCAACAAUUUAGGUCUAAAGACGGCGGUCCCGACACUGGCGGGACCUUGAAAAUAUACGGCGAAGCCCUUUGCAAAGACGUGCCUUACAAGACACUCCUUCUGUCCGUCCGCGACUGUGCGGGUGCCGUGGUCAGAGAGAUGCUAGACAAGUACGGACUGACCAAAACGGACCCUUCCCAAUGGUGCCUUGUCCAGGUCACCCAACAGCCUGGGUGUCCCGAUACCGAGUACGUCUUGGACGACGAUGAGUGUCCCUUAUCCAUACUUAUGACUUCGCCGAAUACCGGCUCUAUAAUGUUUCACGUGCGCAGAAGGCCGGCGGACUGCGCGCCACGGAAACGGAAAAAGAAACCCGGUGCCUUGGGCCAGACUGCCGGCAACAGGGAUGUCAGGGGAGACACGGCGCCCUUCCUCGUCGAGCUGGGACCAGACGGAUCGGCGCCCCACCCGGGAGACACCGCCAGGACCAUCCGACUCACCAACGACGUCAUGGAGGUGGGCUCCGCCAACGGCAUCGCCCUGCAGCUGUACGGCCCUCACAUCCAGCCUCGUCACUGCGUCAUCACCAACACCGACGGGGUCACGUCUCUGACUCCGUGCCACGCGGACGCCCACACCUACGUCAACGGCCAGAGGAUCCACCAGACGACCAUCCUGACACACGGCAGCCUGGUGAAGUUCGGCCACAGCAACACCUACAGGUUCCUGGACCCCACGCAGGAGGACAGGACGAGGCAGCCGUUCACGAACAUGGACAACGGCAGCAGGAUAUACGACAGCAGAUCCCCUCGUGCCCUUAGCCCUACUGAAGCUUCGUCUAGGGAAAAUAUAGAAACUACCUUUGACUUAGAAGGCAAUGUAGAGACAGUUUCCACAGCCAGUGGAGCUAGAGAGGACAAUAGAUCCUUAGGGUCUUCGACAGAGAAUAGACUUGGUGGGAUGGAUAGAUACCCUCGCGGUCAAGACCCCAUCUUACCGGCAGUCCUAGAAUUCCCCGAGGAACCCCAAGAACAGUUCCUAGCCAGAGUAAUAACCCACCUGGACGUGACGACACCAACAUUCAGACUAGCGCCCGCCUACACGUUGUACCUCUGUGCCCGGUAUCGUGCAUCGACCCACUACAGACCUGAACUGACACCAACAGAGCGGGCGCACAAGCUCACUCUACUACUACAACACGCCGCCAUGCUAAUCCGGCAUACGGUGCAGGAUAGGAGCACGGAAAGUAACUCUCAAGCCUUCUGGUUAGCGAACGCUAGUGAACUGCUGCAUUUCCUGAAAUCGGACAGGCAUGUCAGUGCUUUUUCUCUACAAGCUCAGGACACCUUAGCGGACGCAGUACAGUUAGCUUUCAAGAACCUGGUGGCUUGCUUGACGGACGAAUUGAACUCGGCCAUGGCGUACUUAAUGUCCGUUACAGGCGACGAUCAUCCCAGGGAGGUUAUAAAUAUCCUAAGUGGUGCUAUGAAUCUGUUGAGGAAGUGUAGAGUGAACGCCGCGCUUACCAUUCAGCUCUUCUCCCAGCUGUUCCAUUGGAUCUCGGCCAAGGCACUGUCGAACGUUAUAAGCAAUAGCAAUUUGUGCACGAGGAAUUUUGGCAACAAGUUGUUCAACCGGUUGAGGAACUUGCAGGCCUGGGCCGAGUCUCAGGGGCUGGAACUCGCCGCGGAAUGUCAUCUGGCGAAGAUCGUUCAGUGCGCUCAUCUGUUGCAGGCUCCCAAAUAUGCGCCUGAGGAUUUGGCGAAUCUGUCGGCGGCUUGCUUUAAGCUGAAUUCAAUGCAGCUAGGUGCUCUAUUGAUGCAGUACAAAGCGGAGCCUGGCGAGAAACUAGCAUCUCCAUCUCUCUUAGAACAGGCUGCCAAGGCAGCGGAGAGUGUGGCCGACGAACUGGCUAGAGCGGAGGGUCGGGAAGUGACUUUGUACGAAGACCCAGCACCACCGCUCCAGCUUCUACUCCCUGACGAUGGCUUUAGUUGUGAUGUCGUGCAAGGAGUCCCGCCAGGAUUAGCUGAUUUUCUACAUCCCCUGCAAGCUUCUGGGCUUUGUAGGCUUGCCGCUCAACCUACAAGUUCGGGGCACUGGACUGUCUACAUGUCUGCCCCCAGGCCACCUUCAGCUCUGAGCACGACGCAGCCAGAGAUUCAGGUGAUACGACUACACAAGGCAGGUGGUGGAAUGGGUCUCUCCAUAGUCGCAGCGAAAGGCGCGGGGCAGGAACGCCUAGGAAUCUACAUAAAAUCCGUCGUGCCAGGUGGUGCGGCUGACAGAGACGGCCGGCUUGCUGCUGGUGAUCAAUUGCUGUCGGUAGAUGGUCAGUCGUUACUUGGAAUCACUCAGGAGAAAGCUGCGGAGUUUCUGCAGAGGACGAGCAGUGUCGUCACACUGGAAGUGGCUAAAGCCGGUGCUGUUUAUCACGGAUUGGCUACGCUGUUGCAGCAACCGAGUCCGACGCCACAUAGGGCCACGGAUUACAGCUUCUACGAUAACGUACAGAGUUCACAAGAAUCCCUGUACAGCCCCCAGAAUUACCGCAUCUUCACUCCCCCGGCGACAAAACUGAAAAACAAUAUAUUUUUCAAUUCCGACGACAGCUUAUUCAAAUCAGAAAAGCGUAAAUUCACCAUACCCCGCAUCGAAAUAGUAAGCGACGAGCCGGUUUUUAAUUUACAAGUAACCGAUUUCUCGGAACCCUCUCCAAAGAAUAUUACGUUAACCUACGAUGAAUCGGGGACCAGCAUGAAGACCGACAAAGUGGAAGAGUUCCACAAACCGGUCAACAAGUCUUGGAAAGACAAAGCUAACAAUUUUGUCCAGCAAAAGAGCUAUUCGAUCGAAGUGAACGACGCCUCUUUUUACAACGACGAAUUUAGUGAUACAGACAAAUUCCUAAAUACUAGUGGAAAGAAAUAUAGACAGCAACGAUUGUCUUCUACGUCGCUUCAAGAUUUGUCUAGUUCCACGUCCAGUAUCAACAGCGGCGUGCAUGAAUCCAAUCUCGAUUUGAGUCAAUUAGGGCCCGAUACGCCCAUUCGGCAUAAGAACUGGAAGUCGCCGUACGAAAUAAGGCACGGAAAAGUCAAGGAUUUAGCACACCAGUUCGACAACAAAGCUAUAAGUGUGCCUGUGUUGAAUAAAAAGAAAUUUGCUGCGAGCAGGAGCAAAAGCGUUAGCGAAGAGAAGUUGAAUGAUAAAUUGACGGAAUACGAGAGGAUGGAAAUAUUGAAAUUGUUACAUGAUUGGAGUUUGAAUGGUUCAGAAUCGAAAAGCGACUUUAAUAUGAAGCUUUCAAUGUCAAAAAAUAAUGAAUGCUUCGAAAAGGAAAACAUAGAGAGGUCGGAGAAAAGUAAUUUAAGACGUGUUAGCGUAAAGUUCAGUUCGGAACCAGAUCUGUCCCCAAAAUCAAAACAGAAAAACAGAGACAACUUAAGUAUUACAAAGUACAAUUCUGUAAACACUAUCGACAACAAUUUUUCUCAUAGAUGUGAGUUUAAGAACUGCAUUUUUAACAUUGACUUUUUGCCUAAAGAAGGGACCAAGACGAAAGACUCAAAAGUAGAUGAUAGUACUGUAAAUAAACCAAAACUGAAGGGUAUUUUGAAAAACAGUAAGGAAUGCCUUGACGAAGUAGAGUGUCUUAAUAAUAUAACCAAUAUACAAAAGAAGCCAAAACAGUAUAAUCGUCGUUUUAGUGAAAUUAUAGAGUCUAACAAAUUUUUCAAUAGUCAAUUAGUUCGAUGUGAUAGCCUAGAGAGACUUACCGAUUUACAAAACAAGUCAAAGGACCACAAGAAAUUCCCUGAAUCUUACAUCGUUACUAGACGUAACAGUGCAAGAAGAAGUACUGCGAAAAAUAAUGAAAACAACAACAAACCAAAAUCACCUAAAAUUCUCGUCGUGAGGAAGAAAUAUUUGCCAAAAACGUGGAAAAGUUGUUCGGACAUUAAAACAAAGAAAACUGUACGAAAGUGCUGUAGAUAUGCCAAGAAAACUUGUCCCGUUUUGAAAAAUUGUAGUGACUCCCCAAGAGCCGCUAGGAAGACGCGGAGCUGCGCUAGUAUCGUGCGAGACAACUUAGAUAACGCUGCUAGGUUAGCUGCUUUAACGGAUAUUCGACUUGGCGCUUUUGAUCGAUCUAGAAGGAUGUCGGAACGGGAUUUGCCUUCUAGAGUCGACUCGGAACGCACAAUUCCCUCCUCGAAAUCUGUCCCCGCUCUCCACCAAAUCCACUCUCCGAAUUCUGAACAGCCCCGUACCAACCACGAAGCUUUCAGUCCAGGCUACAGCAGAACCUCCUCCAACAAUAGUAUUAAUAAUAACAACAACCCACCUCAGAAUACUCACAACGGUCCCCUGAAUAACCCCGCUGGGCUGCGCAGCCGAUCCACCCACAACUUGCUUCAACAGGACGGCGGGUUCUAUCAGAAUCUCAGCAUUUACAGGAAUAAGAUUCCCAGUCCCCAGCAUCUCGGCGAUAGGACCUCUGCAUUAAGAAGUUCCCAAAAUUCGCUGCACUCAUCCGUAGCCAACACCCAACGUCCCUCUUCGGCUUACUAUCCUCCUCAUACGGCAGCUACCAAUCCUAGGCCGAACAACUUACACCAAUCCAUCCCGAACCUCAAAAGCCCUCUUUCCACACACAGAUUACACAAUGACGACAACAGGGCUGGAUCCUUCCCUAGCGUCAACCAUCAACAGUAUGGCCAACACUACGGACAAAACUAUGCCCACAGUCAGCAGUAUAUGAGACAGAACCAAAACAAUUAUCCCCCUCCUGAAGAAAUACAAAAAAUGCCAUACAACCCUCCCUAUGCUGGUCAGAAUUUGAAGGACAACCAAUCUUAUCCUAGUCCUACACAUACCAGCAACCCCAACUACCCGAAUAACGUUCAGCAACCGCUCCACAUUAACCCGAACGCUCAGAGGCCGGAAGAGAGACCGCAAGAGAGAUACAACAACACCGGGGGUGGGCUAUUGCGAGAAGACGUGUUCAGGCAGUCGCAGAAUUCUCGACACGAAGAAAUGAUGCGGUAUCCCAGCCAGGGCAACAUCAGAAUCUCAGAGGCGCAAAUCCAACACAGCGACAUGUCCAGGCAUAACGAAAUGCGAACAUCCAAGAGUGAGGACUUACUCAAACACCACGCCCAAGGCGACAUGAUGCGAUACGCCAGCAGUGGCAACAUCAGGGCUAACGAGAGCAGCAAAGUCGACAUACCUCAACUCAGACAGAACCCCGAACACAUGCAGCAACACAGACUGAGCAACGAAGACAGACACUUACGUGGCGCGGCCAAAAUAGCUGAGAUGUCCGAGGAAGUCCGACGGAGGCAGAAUAGGAUUCUCUCUCCCCCCUACGGGCCGCAGCAUCCCAACAGGGAGCAGUACUACCAACAGCAGCAGUACUACAACCACAUGAUGUCGCAGAACGCUCAGAGCAUGCAGAAUUUGAACCUGAACCAAACUUAUCAGAACCAACAUCCGCAACAUAGUCAGUACCACCCGCAGCAGAACUAUAUCCAACAGCAGCCGCAGCAACAAUCCCCCUUAUCGCCGUCUUAUAAGACACCUCCGGUGGCCCCGAAACCAGGGAAGAAGGACGACCUUCCCGAAUUACCCCCGACGAGUACCCAUCCCUUAUACUCGGCGAGUUCUCAAGACCCUCCAAAGAUGGCGUUUUAUCCGACGGGCGGUUCUCAGUCGAGCAAACCACCAAGAGAUCCUUGGGCUAGGGAAGAGCAAGAGAGGCAGCAGGAGGCCAGGAGAGAGGCAGCAAGGCAGUGGCAGGAGCAGCAGAUCAGGGAACUGUCUUCUCUGCCGUAUAGGACGCCGCAGCAGGACGAACAGUUGCGAGUGUUGCAGCUUGAGAAGGAGUUUCAGAGGAGGGCGAUGGAGGCAGCUGAACAAGACGACGAUGACACGGAAAAGGAAAGCCCAACACCUCACAUGCCGAUGCCACAACCCGUCUCGAGUCAAACCGUAGUGAGCACCCUAACCUCUACGACAGUGACUAGCAAACUGGAAUCGUCCCAAAUACCUCCAACGUCCAUCCUCAAACCUGGUGGUUCCAGCUCGAAUAACAACAACACCAAUAACCAGCAGCGAAGCCAGCCUUCGCCGCCGGAAGCAAUUAGCGCUCCUCCGCCUCCUGAGAGAGGUUCCAGUUUUGCCGUGAUGUCAAUGAGAGCCAAGGAGACUACCAAGAGAGUGUCAUUCAACGACGCUUCAGUCAGUCCACCCCAACCUCCGCCCAGCAGGCUUCAGAUCGAGGAGACCAUCAGGGAAGAUCCAAAUAGCUUCAUUCGUCAAGCUGAAUCUAUGCUGGCAUCUCCCAACACUCCCACGGACGUGUCGCCCAGCGUAGCGACCGCCACGCCGGGCGUAAUAGGGGCACAAGAAGUCUACCGGGACCCGAGGGCGAGGCGGCUGGCUGAAGAAGCCCAGCGCAAGGAUCAGACACAGAGCGCCGCCGUGCCCGAGAAGCUGUCCUUCAAAGAAAAAAUGAAGAUGUUCGCCAUGGAAACGGGAGAGCAGGAGACUCCUAAGGACAAGAGUAAGAUUAGCAGGGCGCAGAGGGAAAUCGAUAAUCUGGGAUCACCUAAUUUAGUCCAUUGAAUUUUACCGUUUUUGUAAAAGGACAAACAUUUCGAACAAUGUGUGAUAAGAGAAACAUAUAUGACCAAAUAUUUUACAUGUUUCUGAGGAGUUUAAACUUUUGUUCUGCGCGCAGUCACUAAUUCUGUUUUUAUAGUGUAAAUGUGGUGCACCGCAAGUUUCAGUCAGUGGGAAACUUUUUGUAAAGAUUUUGUUAAUGGUGUUAAAACUACACUUUGUAUUGAAAGUAACGUACCACUGAAGAUGGGCCUCAAUUUCAAAGCUGAUUUUCUCGCGACAUUUUGACAAAAUUAUGAGUGCUAGAAAUAAUAUUUUUCUCUGAAAUUUGAAACAUCUGGUAUAAUACAGUAGCUAAUGUCUGCUCAAAUUAAAGUGUAGUACAAUUUUUUUUAGGACAGUGUUUUUUCUAUUCAUUAGCUCUAUUAUUAAUCAAGGAACGAUUAAUAUCUGCAACCAGCAAUACAUUUUUAUAGAUUUUACUACACAGUUUGUCUAAAUAUGAAUCCAUGC